UUUUUUUUUAUCUGGCUUCGCCAGUCUCUACGUAGCUUCACAGCGGCAUAUAAACUUUUGGUCGCAGUUUUUUUUAAAAAGAAAGAACCCCAGGCUCCUGAAAACAGGAACUGGUUUUUUCAAUUCUGAAAUGCUACUCAAUAGAUUAUACUCUACCUCGUCGAAAAGUUGGAUUUCACGACAAGCAAAGGAUCCGUACUGUAAAUUGGCCAAAGCGAAUCAAUAUAGAGCAAGAAGUGCAUUCAAGUUAAUUCAAAUUAAUGAAAAAUAUCGACUCAUUCGCCGUAACGACGUUGUUGUCGAUUGCGGAGCUGCGCCUGGAGGUUGGACCCAGGUGGCUGCUGAAUUAAUAUCAUCGAAGGGCUUGGUUAUAGGCAUUGACUUGUUGCCUGUAGAUCCUAUUCCAAAUGCUCAUAUAAUUAAGGGAAACUUCAUGAGAAUAAGAACCCAGAACGCCAUUCGGGAGAUCUUGGACGGUAGAUCUGUCAAUUUAGUUUGCUCGGAUAUGGCACCCUCUUUUUCUGGAAAUCAUACAGCUGACCAUGCUAGAUCCAUGGAAUUGUGUGAAUCUGCUUUGACCUUUGCCGAAAAGGUGUUACAGCCAGGAGGUAGUUUUGUAGCAAAGUUUUUAAUGGGUGGUACAGAAUUUGAAUUCAAGAGGAAGUUGCAAACUAUCUUUGCAAAGGUAAAGACCGAGAAACCAGAUGCCUCCAGAAAACAAUCAACAGAGGGAUUUUUUGUGGGGGUAGGAUAUAAACCAAUAGCAAAGAGUGAAGCUAAGACCGAGGCGGAGGUGGAUGAAGUUGUGAUAAAAGAAGAGAUUAACAAAUAAACAGUGAUUUUGAUUGAAUACCUGGAAUUUGAUUUCUUUUUAGAUAAAUAAAACUUCGACUUGAGAAACAUGAAAAAGAUAAAUCAAUGAUUUCCGACAAUGCUUGUAGAUGUUUGAUUAUUUCUUGGGAAU